GACAAGAGUCACAGAACAGACUUGGACUGCCUCCAACACUCGUACAUCGCACACAGUCUUUUUGUCUUUCUUUUAUAUAAUUUCCUUUCACCUCAGCCUAUACACAAUGUCCGACGAACACGAUAACCACUCUGCUGGCACUACCCGCCACGCCUACCCAAUCGAGCGCUCAGACUCGUCUGCGUCCACAACUCCCUCCGAUCAGAACGAGUCUGUUAUCCACCAACCCAUUCCCACUCGCCCUGGUCCUCGCAAUAGCGCGCAAUUUGAACCGGAAAUCGUUCGACCCAUGAGCCCUCGAAGGACAAACGAGGAUAUUAACAAGAUGGGUGAGGAGGCGCGCGAGGAGCUAAGAAAGCAUGCCAAGGCUUUGCAAGAAUCGCUCCUCACAAUCUUCAACCGUAUCGAAGCGGUACGGGAGGAGCACGACAAGCUCGACAACAACAACAAAUUUCUUCAAAAGUACAUUGGUGAUUUGAUGAGCACCAGCAAGAUCACCGCGACGGGCAGCCGAGGAAAGAAAUAAGCUAUCCUCUAUUACAACUACAUAUCAUCUACACGUGGCUCUAGUCAAGCCGGACCUACUGGUCCUCUGCUUGGAUUAGUCGGCACUCGAAACACAUCAACGCAGAAAACAUCAUCUCAAAUCAACAGCUACUUAUAUCGACAAGACAGAUGUCGACAGUCUUUCCCUAAAGGAAAAACAAAAAAAUUUGGGCUACUUCCAUUCAUCGCGCCACGAAGAGACCGUGGCGCUUCAGUUAUUUUAUUUGGAGCAUUGGAUUUUUUUAAAGGCGCCGCUCCGAGCCCCCCUUUUUAAAGAAAGAAAAGGAGAGGGGCUCAUGAUACCCAGACUUUGAAGAUCAAUUUUUUCUUUUUGCAUUUUGCCGCCACGAUCCACAUGCUUCUUUUUACUUUUUUAUAUUCUUAUUCUUCUUGUCACGAGCACA